AUGACGACAAGAUUCACGACAAUGCCACCGGAGAUUCUCCUGGCUAUCACAGACUUGCUCCCGCAAGCUGCCCUGCAUGCCCUCGCCCUGGCCGACAAGCGCCUCUACGACGUCAUUAAUUCGACCCUUUACGCGCAAUCUGUCAAGGAUGAAGCACCCGACAUCACGGUUCUCGCCGCUCGCGAUGGAAACCUUGACACCCUCAAGAUGGCCGCUUCCUUCGGGGCCGACAUGAACCGAGUCUACUGGGUACCCGUUCCGACCUGGGCGAAGCCAGAGGAGAUUCAAUCGACAGCCCCCAAGACAGGAUCCGCGUAUGGGCAUUAUGACGUCGUGAAGUGGCUUCUUGCCGAGGGCGUUGAUAUCGAUGUUCCAGGAAAGCUCCUUUGUGGUUGCCUGAGCCUUCACGAGAUGCACAUGUAUUACGCCAACUCGUCAGAUGCUUGGCAAUCAUGGAUUGAUUUGGAUUACGUGCCGCAUGUUGCCGGUACCUGGACACCGCUUCAUCUCGCCAUUUGCCGUGGCAAUCAGUCAAUCGCCCGUUUUCUCGUCUCCCGCGGUGCUUCCCUGUGCAUUCGAUACAAUCGAAGGAUGGAUAUUCUGCGGUCUCAUGGUGUGGCGACACUGUUUUUCUCGAAAUCAUGUGACCUUCUCACCCGCAUGACGCACCUUGGAUCAGUCGACAUCGAGGAUAGCUCGGACGACGAUCUCGACCAUCGCGGGACCAUAAUGGCCCUGGAAGAAGUCGAAGACCACAAUCGCAUGGAUGCUGCUCACAGUGCGGCUGCGUCGGGGCAGAGGGAGAUUCUUCGCUAUCUCAUUGCUAAGGGAACCGAUAUCAACACCUUUGACGGAUCCAACGGAAAUGUCUUGCACUACGCACUCAGCGAGUCCGAUACCGACAUGUGCAAGCUCGUCGUCGGUCUUGGAGCCGAUACUGCCACGCCGAUUGAGUUUGCGGUACGCAAUAUGAACGGAAGUUCCAUCGUGAGUGUGGUUGAGUGGGCGGCCAACUAUUGCCCAGGCAAAACGGAGGUCAUCAGUCGUGCUCUUUCCCACAUCGCCGAACGAGGAGAUUCGUUUUGGAAGGUCGACGAGGGUUCCGGCAAGACUAUGGUCAUAAGCUCCAUUUUUGACUUCGGCUGCUACAAUGAUGAGCUUAUGGAGCCAGAGUACAACAAAUGGAUUUCCCAGUUCUUGCAAGGUGCCAUCCUUACAUGCGACUUGAGCAACGCCGGCAACCUGGAGGAAGAGCUCUUACUCUGCUUUGCGAUCAACGCGACAAGUCUUACGAGCGGGCCAGACGUCCUUGACAUGAUCUUGGACGCGACCGGUUCCUUAAGGGCGUUGUUUUACGGUGAUUCACAAAAGCUUGAUAUGAAGAAAGUCGUCUUUCCCAAUACGCCUGUCUGGAGAAGGCUCGGAGAGGGCCAGGUCGAGCCUGCAAACGAACUUGGAACAUUACUGAUUCAGGAUUUGAACGAAUGGGUCAACGUCACUGAUUCAAUGGUUCAAACUGAUUGGAAACAAAGAAGACUGAAGAGGGCGAGGGACAUGAUUGACUGGCUUCUGGAUCACGGCGCCACUCCGCCAAAGCCAUAG